UUGUUUUUCUUUCAUUCGCUUGACCAUCUCCAGACUUUACUUCAUUCUUCAGUUCAAUUUCUUUAUUUAUUUGCUUAAUUUCUUGAACGUAUCCACAGAAACAGAAGCUUUCUUUUAAUUCUAAUGGACUCCACUUGGGUGAACACUUCUCUUGACCUCAACAUCAAUCCUCUCAAUGCAACAACUCCGAAGAAAGAAUCCAAAGAAGGAGAUUUCAUUGCUGGGUUUGGAAGGCAACCUGUUAAAGAAGAGAAUAGCGUUUUGGUUGAAGAGUUGGCUCGUAUAAGCACUGAGAACAAGAAGCUAACAGACAUGCUUACUGUUCUCUGCGAAAAUUACAAUUCUUUGCAAAAAAACUUUGUCGAUUUGAUGCGGAAGAAAGCUGAGAAAGAGCUCCUCCCUUCAUCUAGGAAGAGAAAGGCUGAGAGUGAAGAUUAUAGUAAUAUGAUCACAAUCAAUAACAAUGGAACUACAGAAAGCAGCUCUAGUGAUGAACUAGAUUCAACUAAAAAGCCAAAAGAAACCAUCAAAACAAAGAUUUCAAGAGUUCUUCGAACCGAUCCAUCGGAUACAAGCCUAGUCGUGAAGGAUGGAUAUCAAUGGAGGAAAUAUGGCCAAAAAGUUACAAGAGACAACCCUUCUCCUAGGGCUUACUUUAAGUGUUCAUUUGCCCCAAGCUGCCCUGUGAAGAAGAAGGUUCAAAGAAGUGCAGAAGAUCCUUCAAUCUUGAUAGCAACUUAUGAAGGAGAUCAUAACCACACCAACCUUUCACAAACUGAACUGUCUUUAGGCUCGACCAACCGCGGUUCGAUUCCCAUUGCGACACCGUUAAGAGCUUCUGCAGGCACUGCUGCCACUGUAACUCCUGCUAAAAAUGAAGUUGAAGAUACUGAAGCUCCAGCAAUCCAGAAGAUUUUAGCACAACAAAUGGCUUCUUCCUUGACAAGAGAUCCAAAUUUCACAGCAGCACUUGCAGCUGCCAUUUCAGGAAGACUCAACCAGACCCGGAUUGAGAAACUGUGAAGUUAGAAAUAUCUUCAUGAGGAAUUAAGAGUUUAUAUUUGAAUGAAAUUUUCAGGUAGACUUAGUCAACCACGUCACCAUAAAUUGAUUUUUAUCAGCUUAGUAUAUAAACGACGUGGUAAUUAGGUCUAUUAGGAAUUUCUCUUGAAUGUUUACUUUUGUAAGUUAAUCAGAGAGCACUACUGAUGUACAUAGACGACUAAUACCAAUAUAUAUAUAUAUAAACUUCAUAAGCUUUCUUUGAAGGGAGAAUGGAAGGACAAAAAUAAACCUAAAAAAUAUCAACGGGAUAUCUUGAUAAAUCCUUGAAAAAAGGUAAUGGGUUCCUUGAUGAUUAGCCACGUGCCAUUGCCACAUGGCUUUCUUAGCUUAUGUUCUUCUUGUUUAGACCUAAGUGUGAAGCCUCACUCAGGUAUUUCAAGGCUCAGAAUAAAGAUUUUGAAUAAUGUUAUUAGACUCAAAACGAGUUUAGACUCGGUAUGGGAUCUAUAUGGCUUGGAAUGGACAUCAUAUGUUACACUCAAAACCCUUCUAUUUAAAUGUUUAACCAUUCGAUAUAUGAUAAUUAACUGGUCGUUAGUGAUUGGUAAUAUUCUUACAUUUUAAAUUUAUAGUAUCAAAUAUUUC